CCCGUGAGCCUCUGCUUCUCGCGACACCGGAGCACUUGCUCCCUACCCAGCAGUCGUCGCGCGGCUCGGCAGAGCGGACACCCCGGACUCCAAGAUGGCGUCAGUCGUACCAAUGAAGGACAAGAAACUCAUGGAUGUCAAAAUAGGGGAGCUGCCAAAGUGGAUAAUGAUGCGAGAUUUCACCCCUAAAGGCAUUGCUGGAGCGUUUCAAAGAGGUUAUUACCGGUAUUACAACAAGUAUGUCAAUGUGAAGAAAGGGAGCGUCGCUGGGGUUUCUAUGGUGCUGGCAGCUUAUGUGCUUUUCAACUACUGCCGUUCUUACAAGGAACUCAAGCAUGAGCGGCGACGCAAGUACCACUGAAGAGGGCUCAGUGUGGAGGACACACUCUGCAUUCCUGACCAUGACUUUUGCCCAGUACCCCUGAAUCCUUUGUUGACACAUAAUAAAAGAUGAGCUGACCGCUUCU